CACCCCUGAUGCACGUCCUUCACCGCAUUUAUAGUGUCGCGACACUGUUUCGCUCCGAGAGUGAUUUCAUUCUCUCCUCAUCAAGACUAAUAAGAGAAGAUGGAUCCGAAUAGAGCUACAACAAAUUGUGUUUUCUCUAUUCAUCCAAGUCAUCUUUGUAUCUUGAUUCUCAGUAGCUUCUUACUGUUGGCAGUGGAAAACGGUGCGAAACCCAUCAAACCCCUAAACUGUUCAGUUACUGCUGUCAGCGAUGCUAGAAGUCGAGAUCUAUCAAACCUGGAAGAUUGCUACCUGCUUGACAAGAGUAAGAUGCCUAUUGAUGUGACAGACUGUGUGCGGGAGAAUGGAAUGAGUGACCUAUGCCUAUCGUUUGGUACCGGGAGAGGUUUGGCGCCAACGGGUCUGAUCGCCUGCUUCACCAGAUACAAGACUAUGAUUAACAAUUGUCGAAAUGAUACGUCACCGUUCGUUGGUCAGCUGGUUGAUGUCAAGACCAUGAUGCGAUGUCGCUUUCGUCCUUCUUUAGUCCAGGUUACCACGCCCAAAAAAUUCUCAUUUUUCUUUUAAAAAGUAUAACAAAUCGAAUAGAUCAUUGUUUUCUCUUACAGUAUAAGCCUUGACCUGGGCACAUCACCAACAGGUAAUUUUUUUAUACGAGAACCAACACUGUUCAACAGGACGGAUACCAGUUAACCAAUUAAUUUUCAUUUUUUGUUACAGACUUUACAAAAAACAUGAACAAAUGAACGUUGGAUCACAAUAAUGUUUGUACCCGGGGUUUAUACAACAAGGGAUGAUAAUCAUAAUCACAGAAACAUUUGUUCAGUUCAAAGAAAACGAAUAAUAAAUUCGAAUGGUAGACAAUAUACUAGAAAACAAAUGUUGAUGCAUAUAUCCUAGUGUUUCUAGCGUUUGCUCCUUUUUUUCAGUUACAAUUGUGAAAUAUGAUAUUUGAUUCUGUUGUAUCUGAAAUCUCCAGAUUUAUAUUAAUUCGGUUAUCUGUAUAAUAUUUCUAGAGCGCAUAACACUGUGCCGAUGUCCCGCAAUUUGAAUAUUAGAAAUAUCAUGGAAGGAAUGUAUAAUUUAUUGGAGCUAACAUACAUAAUAAAAUGCAAACGGGAUAAUUGCUUUGACGGUUUGUUUUUAAUUGAGAAGAG